ACUAUAUCUUGCAGCGAAGUCUGUACAAAAUACAUUGCUUGCUGUAAAAGAAGAAGGAAGAACCAGAGAGCAAAAUGGAGGCACCGAAGACGAUCGAGCACCAAAUCGGAGGAAUCCAGAACGACGCCCUUCGGUUCGGACUUCACGGCGUCAAGAGCGACCUCGUCGGCGCUCACCCUGUCGAAUCUGCUUUGGAAUCGGCGAAGGUAACUCAGGAGCAGAUAAAUAGGAAAAUCUUGGGGUACACUUAUGGAAGUGCGUUUCCACUGAAGAUGGAUCUCGAAAGGCAAAUCCUUUCUCGAUUCCAGAGGCCUGCUGGACCAAUUCCUUCUUCAAUGUUGGGUUUGGAGGCUAUGACCGGAAGAUUGGAUGAUUUUGGCUUUGAGGAUUACCUGAAUGACCCCCGGGAAUCUGAAACCUUCCGGCCUGUGGACACACAUCAUGCAAUGGAAGUUCGCCUUGGACUUUCAAAGGGUCCAGUCACCCCAAGCUUUAUGUGAUCCCUGUAGACUUCCUUCCCGAAAGAGGAGGAUUGUAACCUGGCGGUUGUCAUGCAUGGGCUUAUACUUCGAUGCGAACGUUGUUCUUAAAAUUUGAUUGUCUGUGGCGCUGUGAGUAGAAGGUCCAGGCAUUGAUAUUGUGGUGUUACAUGUACUCUGUAGUAGUAUUGGGUUAUCUUCUAUCCAAUAACAGUUCCUCUAUUUGGCACUUCAAUUUAUUUUUGAAAAUUUAGCUCC